AUGGAUCAAGGUCCAAAGCCAUCAUCUACUUCUCUUUUCCAAGUCUAUCUCCGAUUGCGCCCUCCGCCAUCGCCUCUCGUGCAACUCACACCCCAGUCGAUCUAUCCAAACCUCCCACCGCUAGAACGCUACCUUACUGUCGAGCCUCCUAGCCCCGAAUCAGAAGACGGGUUGCCAACUCACAUCACGCUGAAUCCACCCAAUGAGACGAGAAAGCGCGCAAUUGAAAGAUUUGCUUUCACUAAAGUUUAUGAGGAACAAGCGGAGCAGAUAGACAUUUUCAAGGGCACUGGCGUUAUACCUCUAGUAGAAGCCGUACUGAACGGAGGAAGAGAUGGACUAGUUGCAACAUUAGGAGUUACAGGCUCAGGCAAAAGUCAUACGAUCUUGGGAUCAAAGACGCAGAGAGGGCUCACUCAGCUGUCCUUAGACCUUCUCUACCGCUCACUUGGCCAAAGAAUCGUUCAACCUUGCGAGAGCCCGUCCCUCAUAGGAUCCCUUACAUCGUCAGACCCCUCGGAGGCCCAGAUCUACUCUGCCCAUGCCUUCCUCGAUAGUGUUUACGGCGAUGGGUUGUCCUCGCGAGCCCAGACUCCUAUGACGUGGGUUAUCAUGGGCCUCGAGAAGAGGUCCCUGACCCCUUCUAUCCCUAAGACUAUUAGAGUUGUCAAAACAUCUGAUUCUCCAUCUCCUAUCACAACGCACUGCUGUUGUAUUAAUCGAGCCCUCGAUUUGAAGAAUUAUCAACGCACGGGUGAAGGAACCCAAGCCAUUGAACAGUUUAGUAACGUAUUACAGGACCACCUACAGACCCCAUGCGCUCCAAGAAGGAGAUUACUUCAGGCCUUCCCACAGUCUCCUGAUAUCAGGAACAUCAAUUUGCAUGUCGAGUCCCAAUGUGAAUUUGUCAUUGUAGUAUCGAUGUAUGAAGUGUACAAUGACAGGAUAUACGAUCUGCUCUCCUUGCCAAGCAACCAAAAAGACAUUCGGCGACGAGCUCUUCUAUUCAAACCCACAGAGACAUCUGCAGGACGCAAGGUCGUCGCUGGUCUUCGGAAGAUUGUUUGUGGCAGCUAUGAGGAGGCGUUAAGGGUUCUUGAAACAGGUCUGGUAGAAAGAAGAGUAGCAGGCACUGGGAGCAAUAGUGUGAGCUCACGAAGCCAUGGCUUCUUCUGCGUUGAAGUGAAGAGGCGACCGAGAGGUGGCAUGGCCAACUCAUGGCAAACCACCCAAUUGACGGUCGUAGAUUUAGCGGGAUCUGAGCGAGCACGAAAUGCGAAGACAGCAGGUGCCACUUUGGCAGAAGCUGGGAAAAUAAAUGAAAGUUUAAUGUACCUGGGCCAGUGUCUCCAGAUGCAAAGCGACAAUCACGACAACGCAAAGCCCUCGUUGGUGCCUUUCCGUCAGUGCAAGUUGACCGAACUCCUCUUCUCGAAUUCUUUUCCAUCAGCCACCACUUACUCUCACCAUAAUUACCAUCAAGCUCAACCGAGGAAUCCACAGAAAGCGGUCAUGAUCGUCACCGCAGAUCCUUUGGGUGACUUCAAUGCAACAUCACAGAUGCUCCGUUACUCUGCUCUCGCCCGCGAAAUUACCGUACCGCGCAUCCCCUCAGUUUCCUCGACUAUUCUAGCCGGAAUGCCAGGCAGCCGCGCAGUCAGCGGCCGUACGUCUCCCAACGCGUCUACUAAUGGUACCAGUACAGUGGAUGAGACCGUUGUGGAAAUGGCAUUUUCCGAGCUCGCACGCCUAAACGAAGAAGUUGAAAUCCUAUCACAUCGAUUUUCAGAAGAGCAAACUCGACGAAUGGAAGCCGAAGCUGGCUGGCGACAUGCAGAGCAGCGAGCCGAAGAAGUUGAGAUGGAAGUCCGUGAAGAGCUGUCAGCGGAGAUGGAACGGAAAGUCAGUGAGGAAAGCGCGAGAUGGAAAGAUAACCUUGCGGAGGAAGGCGGCAGAAGCGAGGAGCACUUUGAUCGCAAACUCGAGAUCCUCGCCAAAGGCGUCAAGAUCCAUGAGGAUGAGGAUGCUCAAAAUGACUACGCGACGGGGCUGGAGAGGGAGAAUGAGGCCUUGAGAGGUAGACUUGAACAGGUCGAGAGACAGUUGAGAGGAGCUGAAAGCCCAAGUAAACGGAAUUCGAGGAAGAAGGAGCAGCCGAAUUUCGAUUCGAGGAGGGAUGUGCUGCAAGAGGCGAGCUUCAAAUUGAACGGGUUGAGUUUGACGGGGCCGCCCACAGGAUUGAUGUCGAGCGAGGGAGAGGAGAAUGAAAGGAAGCUGCCGAAGACGCCGGCUGCGAAUACGCCGGGGCAGAAGGUGAGGAAGUUGACAACCAGGAAGUGGGAUCUGAUGGAUGAAAGUCAAUUGGAGGCGUAUGAAGGCUUUUAA